AUUAAAGGACACGCUGUCACUACAACGAAGCUUCCGUCGACUUCCGCUACGAACCUCGCAUACGUGAUUUUUACCUCUGGCUCAACAGGCAAGCCAAAGGGUGUCAUGAUUGAACAUCGCAGUGUCAUCCGACUAGUCAAGAACAGCAACGUAGUCAGCCGGCUCCCCCAAAAUGCUCAAAUAGCGCACUUGUCCAAUCUCGCCUUCGACGCCUCAACAUGGGAGAUCUACGCCGCGUUGCUCAAUGGUGGGACUAUCAUUUGUAUUGACUAUUUCACCUCCGUGGAUGUUAAAGCACUGAGAACUGUCUUUGCGAAAGAGCACAUCUGUGCAACCAUGCUUCCCCCAGCCCUGCUCAAACAGGUUCUCGCGAUCAGCCCAGAUAUGCUAAGAGAUGUCGAUCUUUUGUUCGUUGCAGGAGACCGGCUCGAGGGUCAAGAUGCCGUCAAAGCACAGGCACUCGUUCCUGAAGGAGUGUAUAACGCUUAUGGUCCUACUGAGAACGCCGUCCUUAGCACAAUCUACAAUGUCCGCCAAGGAGACCAGUUUGUCGGUAGCGUGCCGAUUGGUCGACCAGUCAGUAACUCGGGGGCUUUUGUCAUGGACAGGCAACAGCAGCUAGUCUCUGGUGGUGUCAUUGGUGAGCUGAUUGUGACGGGUGAUGGGCUCGCAAGAGGGUACACAGACUCGAAAUUGGACGUCAAUCGAUUUGUGAACGUUUGUCUGGGAGGUAACAGCGUUCGAGCAUACCGGACAGGCGAUCGGGUCCGAAUCCGACCCAAAGACGGCCAGAUUGAGUUCCUUGGACGAAUGGACUACCAGAUCAAGAUCCGCGGCCAUCGCAUCGAGCCUGCUGAAAUUGAGCACGCUAUCCUGAGGUGCUAUGUAGCCGACGAUGCGGCCGUUGUAAUUAAUUGCCAGGAGGGCCAAGAGCCAGAAAUGGUCGGUUUUGUCGCCGUGAAGAGCCAGGUUGAGAUUGAAAUUGAAGAAAACGAAAACGAAAACGAAAACAAGGUAACAGACUGGGCGGACCACUUCGAGUUACGGACAUACGAAGACAUCGGGACGAUUGACUUGUCUACAGUCGGUCGCGAUUUUAUGGGAUGGACGUCUAUGUACGACGGAAGCAUAAUCCCUAAAGUCCAAAUGCAAGAGUGGCUUGAUGACACCAUGCGGACCAUCCUGGGCGAACAACCUGCAGGCGACGUUCUCGAAAUUGGGACUGGUACAGGUAUGAUCCUCUUCAACCUCGGCACAGGGUUGAAGAGCUAUGUCGGCCUUGAGCCGUCCAAAUCUGCAGCCACAUUCGUUAACAAGGCAAUCGAAAUGACCCCUACCUUGGCGGGCAAAGCUGUUGUACAUGUCGGAACGGCAACAGAUGUCGGUAGCCUGAAAAACCUCCGUCCAGAGCUGGUCGUCAUCAACUCAGUUGCACAGUACUUCCCUUCGCCAGAGUACUUGUCUAAGGUUGUGGAGACGCUUGUCAGACUUCCUGGUGUCCGACGUGUCGUUUUUGGCGACAUGCGAUCCUGGGCAAUCAACACUCAGUUCCUUGCAUCAAGAGCCUUACAUGCUCUCGGGGGAGACAGGGCGACAAAGAACCAGGUUCGAGAAAAGAUGGCAGAAAUUGGAGUGCGUGAGGAAGAGCUGCUAGUGGACCCUACUUUCUUUACAGAGCUGACAAGUCGACUGUUUGAUUGUGUCUCAUACGUCGAAAUCCUGCCAAAGCUAAUGGGAGCCACCAACGAGCUCAGCGCGUAUCGUUAUGCGGCUGUCAUCCAUGUCCACAGCUCAGAGAUGCCACCGGUCCACAUGAUCAAGAAGAACGCCUGGCACGACUAUUACUUAUCUAAGAUGGACCGCAGCACUCUCCUUAACCUUCUCAAGAGCUCUCCCAUCGACCAACCCAUUGCUGUAAGCAAUAUACCGUACAGGAAGACCAUAUUCGAGCGCCAUCUGCUCGAAUCACUCGAGGACGAUGAGUCUACGGAGGACUGC